AUGGAGUUGGAUCAUUGUGAUGUCAGUAUGGACGUGGGUCAUUGUGAUGUCAGUACGGACGAGGGUCGUUGUGUGGUCAGUAUGGACGUGGGUCAGUGUGAUGUCAGUACGAACGAGGGUCACUGUGUGGUCAGUAUGGACAUGGAUCACUGUGUGGUCAGUACGGACGUGGGUCACUGUGAUGUCAGUAUGGACGAGGGUCACUAUGUGGUCAGUAAGGACGUGGGUCAUUGUGAUGUCAGUAUGGACGUGGGUCAUUGUGAUGUCAGUAUGGACGAGGGUCACUGUGUGGUCAAUAUUGACGUGGGUCACUGUGUGGUCAGUAUGGACGUGGGUCACUGUGAUGUCAGUACGGAGGUGGGUCAAUGUGAUGUCAGUAUGGACGAGUGUCACUGUGAUGUCAGUAUGGACGUGAGUCACUGUGAUGUCAGUAUGGUUAUGGGUCACUGUGUGGUCAGUAUUGACGUGAGUCACUGUGAUGUCAGUAUGGACGAGUGUCACUGUGAUGUCAGUAUGGACAUGGGUCACUGUGUGGUCAGUAUUGACCCGAGUCACUGUGAUGUCAGUAUGGAUUUUGAUCAGUGUGUGGUCAGUAUGAACGUGGGUCAUUGUGAUGUCAGUAUGGACGUGGGUCACUGUGUGUUCAGUACGGACGUGGGUCACUGUGAUGGUAGUAUGGACGUGGGUCACCAUGUGGUCAGUAUGGACGUGGGUCAUUGUGAUGUCAGUAUGGACGUAGGUCAUUGUGAUGUCAGUAUGGACGAGGGUCUCUGUGUGGUCAGUAUGGACGUGGGUCAGUGUGAUGUCAGUACGGACGAGGGUCACGGUGUGGUCAGUAUGGACAUGGGUCACUGUGUGGUCAGUACGGACGUGGGUCACUGUGAUGUCAGUAUGGACGUGGGUCACUAUGUGGUCAGUUUGGACGUGGGUCAUUGUGAUGUCAGAAUGGACGAGGGUCACUGUGUGGUCAAUAUUGACGUGGGUUACUGUGUGGUCAGUAUGGACGUGGGUCACUGUGAUGUCAGUACGGACGUGGGUCAAUGUGAUGUCAGUAUGGACGAGUGUCACUGUGAUGUCAGUAUGGACGUCAGUCACUGUGAUGUCAGUAUGGACGUGAGUCAUUGCGAUGUCAGUAUGGACAUGGGUCACUGUGUGGUCAGUAUUGACGUGAGUCACUGUGAUGUCAGUAUGGAUUUUGAUCAGUGUGUGGUCAGUAUGAACGUGGGUCAUUGUGAUGUCAGUAUGGACGUGGGUCACUGUGUGUUCAGUACGGACGUGGGUCACUGUGAUGUCAGUAUGGACGUGGGUCACCAUGUGGUCAGUAUGGACGUGGGUCAUUGUGAUGUCAGUAUGGACGUAGGUCAUUGUGAUGUCAGUAUGGACGAGGGUCACUGUGUGGUCAAUAUUGACGUGGGUCACUAUGUGGUCAGUAUGGACGUGGGUCACUGUGAUGUCAGUACGGACGUGGGUCAAUGUGAUGUCAGUAUGGACGAGUGUCACUGUGAUGUCAGUAUGGACGUGAGUCACUGUGAUGUCAGUAUGGACGUGAGUCAUUGUGAUGUCAGUAUGGACGAGUGUCACUGUGAUGUCAGUAUGGACGUGGGUCACUGUGUGGUCAGUAUUGACGUGAGUCACUGUGAUGUCAGUAUGGAUUUUGAUCAGUGUGUGGUCAGUAUUGACCUGGGUCAAUGUAUGGUCAGUAUGAACGUGGGUCAUUGUGAUGUCAGUAUGGACGUGGGUCACUGUGUGGUCAGUACGGACGUGGGUCAUUGUGAUGUCAGUAUGGACGAGGGUCACUGUCUGGUCAGUAUUGAUGUGGGUCACUGUGUGGUCAGUACGGACGUGAGUCACUGUGAUGUCAGUAUGGACGUGAGUCACUAUGAUGUCAGUAUGAACGUGGGUCAUUGUGAUGUCAGUAUGGACGUGGGUCACUGUGGUGUCAGUAUGGACGUAAGUCACUGUGAUGUCAGUAUGGACGUGAGUCACUGUGAUGUCAGUAUGAACGUGGGUCAUUGUGAUGUCAGUAUGGACGUGGGUCAGUGUGAUGUCAGUACGGACGUGAGUCACUGUCUGGUCAGUAUGGACGUGAGUCACUGUGAUGUCAGUAUGGACGUGGGUCACUGUGGUGUCAGUAUGGACGUGAGUCACUGUGAUGUCAGUAUGGAUGUGAGUCACUGUGAUGUCAGUAUGGACAUGAGUCACUGUGGUGUCAGUACGGACGUGGGUCAGUGUGAUGUCAGUAUGGACGUAAGUCACUGUGAUGUCAGUAAGGACAUGAGUCACUGUGAUGUCAGUAUGGACGUGGGUCAGUGUUAUGUCAGUAUAGACAUGAGUCACUGUGAUGUCAGUAUGGACGUGAGUCACUGUGGUGUCAGUAUGGACGUGGGUCACUGUGAUGUCAGUAAGGACGUGAGUCACUGUGAUGUCAGUAUGGACGUGGGUCAGUGUUAUGUAAGUAUGGACAUGAGUCACUGUGAUAUCAGUAUGGACGUGAGUCACUGUGAUGUCAGUAUGGACGUGGGACACUGUCUGGUUAGCAUGGACGUGAGUUACUGUGAUGUCAGUAUGGACGUAGGUCAUUGUGAUGUCAGUAUGGACGUGAGUCACUGUCUGGUCAGUAUGGACGUGAGUCACUGUGAUGUCAGUAUGGACGUGGGCCACUGUGAUGUCAGUAUGGACGUGAGUCAUUGUGAUGUCAGACAUCAGCUGUCUUUAUAG